UUGCGUCUACCUUUAGAGAUACAAAAGGGUUUUUCAAGGAUGGGGGCGGUGACGUCAUCAAUGGCGGCGAAGUUUGCGUUUUUCCCGCCAAAUCCGCCGUCGUACGGUGUCGAGGUCGAGACAGGAAAGCUGAGGCUGACGGGCGUUGAGAACGUGAAGGAGAACGUUGAAGUGUUGAAGCUGAAGACGAAGAGAGGGAAUCAGGUGGUUGCGGCGUAUAUUAAAAACCCUACAGCCUCACUCACGCUUCUCUACUCCCACGGCAACGCCGCCGAUCUCGGCCAGAUGUUUGAGCUCUUCUCCGAGCUCAGCCUCCAUCUUCGCGUCAACUUGAUUGGGUAUGAUUAUUCAGGUUACGGGAGGUCUUCAGGGAAGCCUAGUGAGCAGAACACGUAUAGCGAUAUAGAAGCAGUGUAUAGAUGCUUGGAGGAGCAGUAUGGUGUGAAGGAACAAGAUGUUAUCUUAUACGGACAAUCCGUAGGAAGCGGUCCGACUUUAGAAUUGGCUUCUCGUUUACCAAACCUCAGAGCCGUUGUUCUUCACAGUGCAAUCGCAUCCGGUCUAAGAGUCAUGUACCCUGUGAAGCGAACUUACUGGUUCGACAUUUACAAGAACAUCGACAAGAUAUCUUUUGUCAAAUGUCCGGUUUUGGUAAUUCACGUGCGUAUCAUCUUGUAUCCAUUUUCGAGUUUUUCUCUUUUUUUUCAAAGUCAUUAUGUUAUUGAUCCGAGGCUUAACGGGUGUGUGCAGGGAACAUCAGAUGAUGUAGUUAAUUGGUCUCAUGGGAAGCAGUUGUUUGAUCUUUGUAAAGAAAAAUAUGAACCACUUUGGAUCAAAGGAGGAAACCACUGCGAUUUAGAGCUUUACCCUCAAUACAUAAAGCAUCUAAAGAAGUUUGUAUCUGCGAUCGAGAAAUCUCCUCAUCUUAGAAGCGGAACUGUGCUGCAAAUAGAGAAGGCGAGGAGCAGUACUGAUGUUAGAGAACCUGCAAGGCCAAGCACAGAUCAAAGAGAUAAAUCAAGAACAAGCACGGAUCAAAGAGAGUUGCCGAAGCUGAGUAUAGAGAAUAAGGAUAAAUCGAGAGCGAGCGUUGAUAAGAGAGAACGAACGAGAAAAAGCGUCGAUGGGGCUGAAAAACAGAGUUAUGCCAUGGAACAGCAGAUACAACCAGAGAAAGGGAGGAAUAGUAUUGACAGGUUUGGGGAGAUGAUAAGAUCAGUAGGUUUCUGCAACAUUGAUUGUUUCAAGCCUACAGCAACAGCUAAGUGA